UUGCUGUGUCUCUCAGUCAUGUUUGGGUCGUUACUAAGGGGAGGAAGUCACGUGGCUGCAAGGGGGCGUGGCCAGUCACAUGACCGGGCCUUGAAUGCAAUGCUGACUGCGUGUAAAGCGGAGCGAGUGCAGGUAAGUGCUGCUGGGGGGGAGAGUCACGUGGGCUCCCAGAGGUAGCGCUGUGUACUGGAGUGACGUAGGGCAGCGUCAUGGGGAGCGCGUGCCUGCGCUAUACCUGCUCUCAGCAUCCAGACCCCAGACAGACACUGUGUGUCAGCCAGGACCUGACAUUAACUAACCUGGGAACAUCCAGACAGAGACACUGUGUGUCAGCCAGGACCUGACAUUAACUAACCUGGGAACAUCCAGACCCCAGACAGAGACACUGUGUGUCAGCCAGGACCUGACAUUAACUAACCUGGGAACAUCCAGACCCCAGACAGAGACACCGUGUGUCAGCCAGGACCUGACAUUAACUAACCUGGGGGAACAUCCAGACCCCAGACAGAGACACUGUGUGUCAGCCAGGACCUGACAUUAACUAACCUGGGAACAUCCAGACCCCAGACAGAGACACUGUGUGUCAGCCAGGACCUGACAUUAACUAACCUGGGAACAUCCAGACCCCAGACAGAGACACUGUGUGUCAGCCAGGACCUGACAUUAACUAACCUGGGAACAUCCAGACCCCAGACAGAGACACUGUGUGUCAGCCAGGACCUGACAUUAACUAACCUGGGAACAUCCAGACCCCAGACAGAGACACUGUGUGUCAGCCAGGACCUGACAUUAACUAACCUGGGAACAUCCAGACCCCAGACAGAGACACUGUGUGUCAGCCAGGACCUGACAUUAACUAACCUGGGAACAUCCAGACCCCAGACAGACACUGUGUGUCAGCCAGGACCUGACAUUUACUAACCUGGGGAACAUCCAGCCAGAGACACUGUGUGUCAGCCAGGACCUGACAUUAACUAACCUGGGAACAUCCAGACCCCAGACUGAGACACUGUGUGUCAGCCAGGACCUGACAUUAACUAACCUGGGAACAUCCAGACCCCAGACAGACACUGUGUGUCAGCCAUGUCCUGACAUUAACUAACCUGGGGAACAUCCAGACAGAGACACUGUGUGUCAGCCAGGACCUGACAUUAACUAACCUGGGAACAUCCAGACCCCAGACUGAGACACUGUGUGUCAGCCAGGUCCUGACAUUAACUAACCUGGGGAACAUCCAGACCCCAGACAGAGACACUGUGUGUCAGCCAGGACCUGACAUUAACUAACCUGGGGAACAUCCAGACCCCAGACAGAGACACUGUGUGUCAGCCAGGACCUGACAUUAACUAACCUGGGAACAUCCAGACCCCAGACAGAGACACUGUGUGUCAGCCAGGACCUGACAUGAACUAACCUGGGAACAUCCAGACCCCAGACAGAGACACUGUGUGUCAGCCAGGACCUGACAUUAACUAACCUGGGAACAUCCAGACCCCAGACAGAGACACUGUGUGUCAGCCAGGACCUGACAUUAAUUAACCUGGGAACAUCCAGACCCCAGACAGAGACACUGUGUGUCAGUCAGGACCUGACAUUAACUAACCUGGGAACAUCCAGACCCCAGACAGAGACACUGUGUGUCAGCCAGGACCUGACAUUAACUAACCUGGGAACAUCCAGACCCCAGACAGAGACACUGUGUGUCAGCCAGGACCUGACAUCUAUUGUUCCUGUAAGUUUUCUUGUUAUUGUACUAUUUAUAGUUAAGUCCCCCCUCUCAUAAUAUUGUAAAGCGCUACGGAAUCUGUUGGUGCUAUAUAAAUGGCAAUAAUAAUAAUAUAGGAUAUUUUCCAAACAUUAACACUAUCUGCUUUAUAUAGGAUAUAUUCCAGAUACUAUCAUUACCUGGUUUUAUAUAAUUUAUUCAGGCUCCUAAUACUGGCAGUCACCGAUUUUCAUAAAUAUUCCCUUCUUUAUAUGAAAUUGUAGUCACCAGUUGUUGCCAACCACUGAGUUUAUUGAUACCAAGGUACCAGUUUUUGCCAUUCCCUAUUGUGAAUAUAAUCAUGGGCACCACACACUGCAAAUCUCUGAUUUUGUAAUUCAUUCUAGGCACCAAAUACUGACAAUCACCAUCUUACAUACUAUUUGGCAGCAGACUUUACCAAUCACUGCUUUGUUUAGAACAGUGGGUACCAGAACAUCCAGACCCCAGACAGAGACACUGUGUGUCAGCCAGGACCUGACAUUAACUAACCUGGGGGAACAUCCAGACAGAGACACUGUGUGUCAGCCAGGACCUGACAUUAACUAACCUGGGGAACAUCCAGACCCCAGACAGAGACACUGUGUGUCAGCCAGGACCUGACAUUAACUAACCUGGGGACAUCCAGACCCCAGACAGAGACACUGUGUGUCAGCCAGGACCUGACAUUAACUAACCUGGGAACAUCCAGACCCCAGACAGAGACACUGUGUGUCAGCCAGGACCUGACAUUAAUUAACCUGGGAACAUCCAGACCCCAGACAGAGACACUGUGUGUCAGUCAGGACCUGACAUUAACUAACCUGGGAACAUCCAGACCCCAGACAGAGACACUGUGUGUCAGCCAGGACCUGACAUUAACUAACCUGGGAACAUCCAGACCCCAGACAGAGACACUGUGUGUCAGCUAGGACCUGACACUAACUAACCUGGGAACAUCCAGACCCCAGACAGAGACACUGUGUGUCAGCCAGGACCAGACAUUAACUAACCUGGGAACAUCCAGACCCCAGACAGAGACACUGUGUGUCAGCCAGGACCUGACAUUAACUAACCUGGGGGAACAUCCAGACCCCAGACAGAGACACUGUGUGUCAGCCAGGACCUGACAUUAACUAACCUGGGGAACAUCCAGACCCCAGACAGAGACACUGUGUCAGCCAGGACCUGACAUUAACUAACCUGGGAACAUCCAGACCCCAGACAGAGACACUGUGUGUCAGCCAGGACCUGACAUUAACUAACCUGGGGAACAUCCAGACCCCAGACAGAGACACUGUGUGUCAGCCAGGACCUGACAUUAACCUGGGAACAUCCAGACCCCAGACAGAGACACUGUGUGUCAGCCAGGACCUGACAUUAACUAACCUGGGAACAUCCAGACCCCAGACAGAGACACUGUGUGACAGCCAGGACCUGACAUUAACUAACCUGGGAACAUCCAGACCCCAGACAGAGACACUGUGUGUCAGCCAGGACCUGACAUUAACUAACCUGGGAACAUCCAGACCCCAGACGGGGACACUGUGUGUCAGCCAGGACCUGACAUUAACUAACCUGGGGGAACAUCCAGACAGAGACACUGUGUGUCAGCCAGGACCUGACAUUAGCAACAUGUGCUAACCUGGGGAACAUCCAGACCCCAGACAGAGACACUGUGUGUCAGCCAGGACCUGACAUUAGCUAACCUGGGAACAUCCAGACAGAGACACUGUGUGUCAGCCAGGACCUGACAUUAACUAACCUGGGGAACAUCCAGACCCCAGACAGAAACACUGUGUGUCAGCCAGGACCUGACAUUAACUAACCUGGGGAACAUCCAGACCCCAGACAGAGACACUGUGUGUCAGCCAGGACCUGACAUUAACUAACCUGGGGAACAUCCAGACCCCAGACAGAGACACUGUGUGUCAGCCAGGACCUGACAUUAACUAACCUGGGGAAUAUCCAGACCCCAGACAGAGACACUGUGUGUCAGCCAGGACCUGACAUUAACUAACCUGGGGAAUAUCCAGACCCCAGACAGAGACACUGUGUGUCAGCCAGGACCUGACAUUAACUAACCUGGGGGAACAUCCAGACCCCAGACAGAGACACUGUGUGUCAGUCAGGACCUGACAUUAACUAACCUGGGAACAUCCAGACCCCAGAGAGACACUGUGUGUCAGCCAGGACCUGACAUUAACUAACCUGGGGAACAUCCAGACCCCAGACAGAGACACUGUGUGUCAGCCAGGACCUGACAUUAGCUAACCUGGGAACAUCCAGACAGAGACACUGUGUGUCAGCCAGGACCUGACAUUAACUAAACCUGGGAACAUCCAGACCCCAGACAGAGACACCGUGUGUCAGCCAGGACCUGACAUUAACUAACCUGGGGGAACAUCCAGACCCCAGACAGAGACACUGUGUGUCAGCCAGGACCUGACAUUAACUAACCUGGGGAACAUCCAGACCCCAGACAGAGACACUGUGUGUCAGCCAGGACCUGACAUUAACUAACCUGGGAACAUCCAGACCCCAGACAGAGACACUGUGUGUCAGCCAGGACCUGACAUUAACUAACCUGGGAACAUCCAGACACCAGACAGAGACACUGUGUGUCAGCCAGGACCUGACAUUAACUAACCUGGGAACAUCCAGACCCCAGACAGACACUGUGUGUCAGCCAGGACCUGACAUUAACUAACCUGUGUGUCAGCCAGGACCUGACAUUAACUAACCUGUGUCAGCCAGGACCUGACAUUAACUAACCUGGGGGAACAUCCAGACCCCAGACAGAGACACUGUGUGUCAGCCAGGACCUGACAUUAACUAACCUGGGGAACAUCCAGACCCCAGACAGAGACACUGUGUGUCAGCCAGGACCUGACAUUAACUAACCUGGGAACAUCCAGACCCCAGACAGAGACACUGUGUGUCAGCCAGGACCUGACAUUAACUAACCUGGGAACAUCCAGACCCCAGACAGAGACACUGUGUGUCAGCCAGGACCUGACAUUAACUAACCUGGGGAACAUCCAGACCAGAGACACUGUGUGUCAGCCAGGACCUGACAUUAACUAACCUGGGAACAUCCAGACCCCAGACUGAGACACUGUGUGUCAGCCAGGACCUGACAUUAACUAACCUGGGAACAUCCAGACCCCAGACAGAGACACUGUGUGUCAGCCAGGACCUGACAUUAACUAACCUGGGGAACAUCCAGACCCCAGACAGAGACACUGUGUGUCAG